GAGUUCAGGAGGUGCAUGUCUGAUCUGGCUGCUGUGAGUCACGGUUACGAGCAACUGGAUCUCUGCUUCCUGCUCCGAUCGACGUGGAUUUCGCAACAACAUUCACUCCAGAUACAAAUGGACUAUCUGAGUAUGCAUCAUCAUUUUUCUUUGGAAGGGAGUUUUCUGUAAGCUGACACCGUGACUCUUUUCACGUUUGACUCCCAGCCCGCACAGACUUCAGAUUCAACUAACUCUAACCACUCAGGCUGCCUCGUGUGAACAUUUCAAUUAAUCCUUUGGAGAAACGUCUCAUGAACAUGGACCUGGAGCAAGUUUUGACACUGUAACCGACUUGUAUUUCCGCUGAGUGUGAUCAGAGGAUGUUUAAGGUGAAGUGACAACAAACAACGAAGCAAGACCAGGAACAUAAUCAGUCAUGAUCACAUGGUUACUGUUGGUGUUACUGUUUUGUAAGAGCAAACAAGAUAAGGAUGGAACCGAAGGGGGAGUCUCACAUUGUGGACCCCUGAAUCUGACACUCACCAGCUCUGACCAGACGAUCAUGUCGACAUGGAAGGACGACCCGUCCUGCUCUGCAGCGAGAGAUGGGCUGCGCUACGAGGUGGUGGUUCUGAUUGAAGAGCAAGAAGUACAUCAUGAAGAAGUGGCUGUGAUGUCGGAGCAGAUUGGAUUAACUCACUCCUGGAGGUGGACGUCGUCUUUGGUGUUGGAGUGCGCGUCCCAUACAGUCAGGAUCAGAUCCAACAUGAGCACGAGGACACAAGAAAAGACGCUACCUGGAAAAAGAGCCUCCAAGAAGCCGGAGGUGUACCCUCAGGGCAAAGUGUUUGCUGUUCACAGUACCGCCACCUUCUGCUGCAUCCUGCCUGCAAGAGAGGUGUUUAACAAAAUGUACCUGUCGGGGUACAAUGAAUCUCACAUGAAAAUAACCAGAAUCAGCAAUCACACAUACACUCUGACCGUCCUCCUGGAUAAGCCGUCAAAAUACAGCUGCACUAAUGUUAAGUGUCAGUCAUCUAACUCCGGGGCCUGUGCUUAUAUCGGCUAUCCACCAGGUGACCGAGACCUUCAGUGUGAAACUCGAGACAUGGAAACGGUUGAUUGUUAUUGGGAGGUGGGAAGAAAAACAAACCUAUCAACACGCAAGAUCUCAACGAAGCAUCAGCUGAACGGAAGGAACUGUUCGAACAGCUCUAUGGGGAGAUGUUCUCUGAAAGUUGAAGAGGAAGCUGGUGAGAGAAACUGGACAUUGAUGGCUCAGAAUCCUCUCGGGCAGGUGGAGCUGACAGACCGAGCUGACCUGAUGCAAAGAGUGCGCAUGUUUGCUCCAAUGAAUGUGUCAGAUUCAACUGUGAACGCCAGAAACGUCACCCUGACGUGGGAGUGGGAGGUUCAGCGCUACCAUGAUCUGGAUAUUACAUGUCAAGUACACGUCAGCCAUGAAGCAACAAAAGCCACGAGUAAAACCCCUGGAAUCGGCCUUCGUUCUGCAGUCGUGAUGGAUUUGAUACCAAACUGGAACUACAAGGCGACAGUACGGUGUGGGACCACUCAGCAUCUGUGGAAAUGGGGCGACUGGAGCACAAGUGUUGACUUCCACACACGAGGGGACGUUCCAGACGCUCUGGAUGUGUGGAUGCAGACGGAGGAGAAUCAGACUGUUGUUGUUUGGAAGGAGCUACGAGCAGAUCAGAGUCACGGAGACAUCUUGGAGUAUGAAGUGAGCUGGGCGAAAACCACAGAGAGAGAACAGCGAAAUACAACCACAGCAGAUCGAAAGAGUCACAGUGUUAUCCUCGAUCAGGACCCGGCUGAGGAGCACAUCAUCAUUGUGAGGGCGAGGAACAUAAACGGCAGCUCAUCACCAUCAACCAUCAUCAUCCCCAGACGCAAACCAGACAGAACCACGGUGAACACGUCUCGGAUCAUCGGCAGCGACGGCGGCUUCAAUCUAUCGUGGUCUGAGAGUCCUGCAGCUGGCUGUGGGUACAUUGUGGACUGGUGUCCCACAUCAGAGAGCUGCAGGAUGGAGUGGCUGAAAGUGUCUCCAGAUCAGACUAAAGCCAGAGUAGUUUCAAAAAACUUCAGAGACGGUCAGAGAUACACGCUGUCAGUGUACGCCUGCACACACACGGCUCCGGUGCUGCUAGAAAGGAGAGAGGGAUACAUCAAGGAGCAAAGAAUGAAAGACAGCAUUUUUACAUCCUUGAAAUGGAACCAGCAGGAUUCAGACGUUGUGGUGUCGUGGAAGCCUGUACCUUUAAGAGAUCAGACCGCCUUCAUCGUUGGCUUUGUUCUGUACUGUGAGGACGACAACAACAAGAUCGUCUGCAACGUCAGCACGGACAAUCCUGAUGCCACCACCCUGACGGCGACAAACCUCAACAUCACGACCUACACCUUCACAGUGAAGGCAAAGACAGCAGUAGGGGAAUGUGGAGCGUCAUCUAUCACUGCCACCUUAAACUCUCUGACUGAUGCCUUGAUCCAGGUCGUCUCCAUCUCGUUGGUGUCCGUCUUUGGCCUCCUCUCUCUCAUCACCAUCCUCUGCUACAGACACUGGUCAUGCAUCAAACACAAAGUCUAUCCUCCCAUCCCGAAGCCAGUGCUAAGAGAUAAUUGGUUUACUCCGGGCGAUAAUAGUCGUCAUUUUCAUGUUGGUCAGUCUCACCACAGCGAACCAGACAUCAUGGAAGUCCCAGAGCUGCACCGCAAACCAGGAGCUCCUGUGUACGACUACAUGACCCAGGAGAACCUUGCUUAUGUUUCUGCACAAACUUUAAAAAGCUACUACAACCAGUCUGUGAGAAACUGCAUCCAGCAGCCUUUCAGUCUACCUUACAUUGCUGUCCCAGCUCAGUCAGGGAAACCACCACCUCCAUCCAAGAGUCUGAUUCCAAACCUGACGUACAACCUGACCACAGAGUCGGAGUAUCAGCCGUGCAGCUGGAGUCCUGAACCUCAGGAGGGAGCUCAUUCGAAGAGAGGCUGUGAUGGAUACCUGCCUCAGAAAAAGACUGGGAACGUCUCUGUGAACCAGACAGAGGAGCGUCAGGACAAACGCAUGUCCUGUGUUUCUGCUUAUGUUGUGUUACCUCACUCAUAGAUGCUUCAUGGACGGCUCAUAAGCCCAGAUGUUAUUAUGUUUUUAUAUUUCCACAUGGCAGGAAUGCUUUCAAGAUGUGAUUAGAUAUUUCUAAAACAGAGCACAUUUACUUUCACACAUUCUGGAGUUUAAAGGUACUUAAAGAAAGGUCCAAAGAGCGUGAUGAAGUAGCAUUUGUCUUGCCAAUACUGUGUGUGUGUAUGUGUGUGUGUGACAAACUGUGUGUGAUACUUGAUUUCUGAUGUGAACACUGGAGGGAGCUAAAGCUACACUUUUAAAGAUUGAACCAGUGUGGACUCUGAGCUUGUAAUGUGAAGUGAAGCACACUGUUGAGAUGCUGUUGGUUUUAUUCUCCUGUUUGUUUGUUUUUUAUACUUGAACUCAAACACAUUGUUGGAUAUCAGUGUACUCGUCAAUUUACUGUGUUUUCCUCCAACAUUAAACUAGUUGUUUUGGAUCUUUA